CUUCUACGCCGUGACAGAGGACCCCUCAGAGCAAUAUGGCAGCCAACAGUACAAAGUCUGUUUUGUUCGUCUGUUUGGGGAAUAUUUGCAGAUCCCCCAUCGCUGAAGCAGUCUUCAGGAAGAUGGCAACAGAUGCUGAUGUUGUUGAUAAGUGGGUCAUAGACAGUGGUGCCACAUCUGACUGGAAUACAGGCAGUUCACCGGACGCCCGUGGUCUUGCUUGCCUCAGGGGGCAUGGCAUUGAGACCAACCACAGGGCCCGACAGGUGACCAAAGAAGAUUUCAUGGGCUUCGGGUACAUUCUCUGUAUGGAUGAGAGCAAUUUAAGAGACCUGCAAAGGAAGGCAAACUCUGUGAAAAACUGCAAGGCAAAGAUUGAGCUCCUCGGUUCAUAUGACCCACAGAAAGAGCUGAUCAUCAAAGACCCAUAUUAUGGGUGCGACGAAGACUUUGAAAAUGUGUACGAACAGUGUGUGAGAUGCUGCCGUGCAUUUCUGGAGAGCAAUUCCUAACCGUGUCCAAACUCGGAUCAUCUGUUUUAGUUCUGUUGGAUGAACAUUGGCAAACGUCUCAACUUGUACAGCCUGCAGUAUACUUUGGCCAUGUCUUACAAGCGUUUGUCUCUUCAGCCCCCCGAGGUUACUGCAGAAUUAACAUGAAUCUUAAUUGUUGUACAAACUAUUCUGUGUAGAAUGACGACAAUGCUUUUCUGACAAGUUUUGUUGAUUUUGUCAAUUGGGGUUCCCUGAAUUAAUAAAUGAAA